AUCAUCCAAUCAGGUGUGAGUGAGAGCUGCUUUUCUACUGAACACACAAGUUGAUUUCCUCACUAUCACUGUGUCUGAACAGGAACGAUGAUCUCACUCUUUGUGGCGCUUUACUCUCUGCUUUGUCUCUGCACAGCUGUAAAAACAUCUGACAUCAAGGAGCUUCACGUGAGAACAGUAAAGAGUGGAGAAGAUGUAACUAUAGCGUGUGAUCUCAGUCUGAUCACAGACAAAAGUAAAGUAGUCUGGUACAGACAGAGUUUUGGAAAAGUGCCUCAGAUUUUUGCCACACCUUACGGGACAAAUAACUACACAUUUACUGAUGGAUUUAAUGAUAAUCGCUUCAAUUUUACUGUAAAUGAGCAUCAGUUUGAUCUCAACAUUAAGAACCUGAGAGAAGAUGAUGGAGGAGAAUAUUUCUGUGGAGAAAUAGAGUUAACUACAUUAAAGUUCACAUCUGGAGCACGUCUGCAAUUUGAAGAUAAAGAGAUGAAACUCUGUCCUUCACCUGGACCAGAAAUCAAGAUCACAGGUUCUGAUACACACCAGGGUUCAAACAGCAGUGAUGAAAACCAUAAGACUGAAAAGCAUUGGAUUCUUUAUGCCUUAACAACCUUCAGUAUAAUAUCUGUUAUUGUAAUCAUGGUUCUGGUUGGAGUUUUAUUUAAAAAUCAUAGAAAAGGUGCUUCAUCACGAAAGCCUGAAAUCAGCAGCAAUCAGGCUGAUGAUGAAGAUGUCUUGAACUAUGCAGCUGUGAGUUUUGCUAAGAAACCUUCAUCCUCCAGAACAUCCAGAGACCAGAGACAUGAAGACGUUUAUGCACAAGUUCAAAUCAAAUAGAUCCAAAGAAAUGAGUUCAGACUUGAAAAACAAUAGAAAUUGAAUUAUUCCCCAGUUUGUAGACAAACGUGUCAUAUUUUAAUCAGAAAACAUUUUUAUUGCUGUAAUUUAUCACAAUUUCCAAACCUGUUUAAUGUAAUAAUUUAUUUUACAUGAUUUCUACUUUUAUUUGGGUAA